UGAGAGAAUUUUGAAAGAAAUAAAGAGUUAAGUGAUUUUCUAUUUGAGUAGUAAAUGUGUAUUCAUGAAAUGACUAUCCAGGCAAUGUUCCCCUGUUUUGGACUAGUGCUGCUAUCUUGGCAGGCUACUCUUUAAGCCCCGAGGACAAAUGAACACCCUUAACAGGAGGCAGCAUUGCUAACAAUUACCAGUCUCUGGCAGGGAAAGGGAGCUCGCUGGAGUGUACGGUAUGUGACUUUCAAAAAUAGUCAUGUCUCACAUAAGUGAUUUUAUCUUAGUACAGGAAUGUGGGAAAGCACUGGUGCAUCCUCUCAUUCACCUGAGGCAAGCUGCUUUGAUGAUGUAACAGAUUAGCAAAAUGCUAAGUAGAAUCCCAAUAAACAAGCAUUUAUUCAUCAGAGAGGUGCAGAGACAGAGGAGGAAAUUGGAAAAUGGAAAAAUAGGCAGAGGAGAGAAAGUAUGACAGUAGAAGAUAGUUCUGUCAAGAGAAUCUAUAUUAUGCCCUCCCUCCUCCCCCCAAAAAGUAAGUUUAUCAGUUAACUGGGAUUCUAUCAAAGGGAAGCCUGCAUCAUUUUUUUGUUUCUUUAUUGAGAAGGAUGGGGCCUUGGAAGCAAUGUCUUUUUGUGCUAGUUCUCCUUAUCACUCUGAUUUUUGUGCUCUUUUACAAUCAUAAGUUGCUGGUGCAAAAAAGUAUCCAGAGAAAAACUGUCUCAAAUUCUGCCGAAUUAUUAGAAGUGUGUAAUCAAAUUAUAAAAGGGAGACUUUUUUUUUUUAACAAAAGUGUGCUAAGUACUUCAGACCGUGUGAUUACUUGUAAACAACAAUUGAAUCAGAAUCACUAUAUAAAAAAAAGUCUGUCAGAAAAGGAAGUCAAGUUUCCUUUGGCCUAUAUAAUAGUUAUAAACAAAGACUUUGAAAUCUUUGAGAGACUCUUCAGGGCAGUUUACAUGCCCCAAAAUGUUUACUGUAUUUAUGUGGAUAAGAAAGCAGGCCUUGAGUUUUAUAUAGAAGUAAAAGGAUUUCUGAAUUUUUUUUCCAAUGCUUUCCUUGCCUCAAAGAUGGAAUAUGUGGUCUACACUGGAAUAUCCAAGAUCCAGGCUGAAUUGAACUGUAUGAGAAAUCUUAUAGCCUCUGAGGUUCAGUGGAAAUACAUUAUUAACAUCUGUGGGCAAGAUUUUCCCUUGAAAACCAACAAGGAAAUAAUCCAGCAUUUAAAAAGAUUUAAAGGGAAAAAUAUCACCUCAGGGGUGCUGAGUCCUGAGUAUAUGAUUUGGAGAACUAAAUAUAGCCAUGAAGAGCAUGUGGGUCCAGUUGAAUUUUUUAUUAACCGAACCCAGACAUUAAAAACCCUGCCUCCCCACAAUUUGACCAUUUACUUUGGCUCAGCUUAUGUGGCCCUGACGAGGGAGUUCAUCAACUUUGUUCUCCAAGACCAACAAGUUAUUGACUUACUUCGGUGGUCUAAGGACACCUACAGCCCUGAUGAGCAUUUCUGGGUGACUCUCAAUAGGAAUCCAGGUAUGUUUGUCUCACAUGUGCUAUUACUACCAUUAGGAAAUACGAACAAAAAUGUUGAAAGGUUUAUAUUGCAAAAACGGCAGAUGCUAUAAAAAGUGAUAUGCAGAAAACAUGUCUUUGUGAAAUAAAACAGUCUCUUUGGGGGAAAAAAUUUCUUAGUACAGGAAAAUGAGUAAAUGUUUCUGUAGAAUAUAGUAUGUAUUUCCAAAGUUUGAUUCUAUCUUAAGUUAUACUUAUUUCAAGCAAUUUAGGAACUAUUGGUAUGUGUAGACCUAACUCUCUCCCUAACAUGAGGGCAUUUAAAAUUAGACACUAGAAUUUAGGACACGUAGGUGGUGCAGCUGGGCCUGGAGUCAGGAAGACUCAAGUUCAUGUGUUUAAAUCUGGUCUCAGAUGCUGAGUAGUUGUGUGACUUGGGCAAGUCACUUAACCCUAUUUGUCUCAAUUUCCUCAUCUGUAAAAUGAGCUGGACAAGGAAAUGGCAAACUGCCCCAAUAUCUCUGCCAAGAAAACCCCAAAUGGCGUCAUGAAGAGUUAAACAUGACUGAACAACAACUAGAAUUUAGGAACAAGGAUUUAGACUCUCAUCAUGUCUCUUCAUUCUAUCCUCCAUGUUGCUUCCAUAGUGAUUUUCCUAAAACCUCUUAGUAAAUUCCAAUGUAAAGAGUAAAUUUACUCUACUCAGUAAAUUCCAAUGGCUCCAUGAUUGCCUCGAAAAUGAAAUAAAAAUGAAUUUUAGAUUUUAGAACCCUUCACUGACUCACUUGCCCUGCUUGUCUUUCUAGUCUUGUAUUUGAUUCUCUUUACUCUCAGGUCCAGCCAGAUUGACCUUCUUCAUAUAUGACCAUCCACCUCCAGUCUCCAUGCUUAGCAGUUUGUUAUGCCAAACCCCCACCUUAUAUUGAAUAUAUGGGUUAUAUACCACCUUCUAUGAAAAGCUUUUUCUUACUUUCCUUCUUCCCCCAUUGCUAGUGCCUCUCUCCUAGACUACUUAAUAGUUAAACACUUUUAUUCAGUCUCUCAAUAUUUAUUUUGUAUGUAUGUAUGUGUAUAUAGAUAUCUGUAUCUUUCUAUAGAUAUAUAUAGGGUAUAUAUUUCUUGUCUCUCCCCAAUAGAAUGUAAGCUUUUUGCAAGUGGGAAUUGUUUUUUAUUCUUUGUAUUUCUACCCACAACAUCUAGCACACUGUCAGACAGCUCAUGAUGUAGUGGACAGAGCAUCAGCCUGGAGAAGAUAUUCUUUAAUUUAAAGAAAUUAAAAUUUGAAGUUAAUUUUAUGCCCAGAAAAUAGCCAAAUAUAGUUUAAAAAAAAAAAAAAAAGGAAUAGGAUGAGCUGUAACAGAUAGGUAAGGAAGAACUGAGUUCAAAUCUAUCCUCAGAUAUAUAUCAGCUAUGUGGCCCUGGGCAAGUCACCUAACCUGUAAAAUGGGGAUAAUAAUAGCCCCUACUCUCCAGGGCUAUUGUGAGAUUCAAAUGAAAUAAUAAUUGCAAAGCACUUAGCACAGAGACUGGCACAUAGUGAGUGCUAAUCUAAAUGUUUAUUAUUGUUGUUAUCAUAUAUUUGACAUUUAAUAAAUAUUAAUUGAUUGACAAUUUGGAAGUAUUUUUUUAAAAAACUAAAUCCUUCUUCUCCUUUGCUCCUAAAUGAAUUGUGAUAUCCUUUAAAAAGAAGAAAAAUUAGGUCAGCUUGAUCACCCCGCCCCUUCUUUUGCAAGAACAUCACAGGACUCUUUUGAUCAAACAACUAAAUUUUUUUACUCAUUUCCAGUUUCCUUAUCUGAAAAAAUGGAUAAUAAUAAUAAUAAUAAUGCCUACUUCCCAGGAUUGUUCUGAAUAUUAAAUAUUGUAAGAAUAAUAUUUGUAAAGCACUUUGCAAACUUGAAAGAGUCAUAUAAAUACUAGCUAUCUGUAGUUUCAACAUUCCAUUCAAACUAACCUAUUUCAUAUUUAAUAUUUAUAACAUUCUAUCUCCUGCCUCUCAGUCUUGUCAGGUGAUCCCUCACACCUGGAAAUGCUUUCCCACUACAACUACAUAUCCUGGAAGUCCUAGAUGCUUCCAAGGCUUAAUUCAAGUGUCAUGUCCUAUUUUUGCAUCCUAUUUUAUAAAGCAGUUUGGAAGGGAAAGACCUUCAGAAUUUCUUACCUAACCUUAAUCACUAAAUGGGUAUUGCCUCAAUCAAACUGAGACUGGGAAAGACCUUAAUUUAAAAAACCAAAGUCCUCCCACUGCAUUCAAUGCCAUCUCCAGUCAUUCUAAUCUUUAUCUUGCCCACUGAACCCAAAUGGUUCUGGAGGAGGGAGUGGGGCUGGUGACUCUGAACAGUUCUCCCUCACUUAAACCCAAUUUACAUACAGAUCAAGAUAUCAUCCUUCUGAUGUUUUUGGUCCUCUUGGAGCAUGAGGGGCAAAUAAUAACAUUUUGUAAACAUUUAGCACAUUGCCUGACAAAUCGUAGGCACUUGAUAAAUAUUUAUUUCCUCUGUCCUUGUGCUUUUUUCCUUUGCCUUAGGGUUUUUUUCAAUGUGUAUUCCUGUUUAUAUUUGUCUGUGAAUAUACUGCCUCCUUUCCCUUUAAAAAUGUUUCUCUGAUUUUUCUUUGAAUAUUUUAAUCCUUUUUUAAUGCAUAAUUCAAAGUAGCUUCCUAGAGUGGUUGGUCAAAGUUGUCAACUCUUUCAAUAGUGUAUUAGUUUAUCUAUCUAU